GUAACACGAUGUUUCGUUAGCUGGAAUUUCGAGCAGAGUGAGAGCUCUCGAUUUAGCCUCCUCUCAUGUAACAACCUCUAGACUCCCCUCCACACCAUUAUCAUCACUCAUGACCAAUCCAUUCAUUGACCACAAUGAAUGGACACCGGGGUAGAUGCUGCAAAUGAGAUAACAUUAAGAUAAACCUUGGCUGUUUGGUCUGGUGGCGUCAGUUAGCAUGCAGUCACCCGUGAACGGCGUUAGCUUCGGUCUGCAGCUCACUGGGUUAACCGUGUGUCUCUAACGUUAACCUCACCAGCAGCGACACUCUGAUGCUGAACUCGUCGCUCUGCUGUAAAAGGUAGUUGAGAGAAAGAGAAACCUCUUCUGACAACUUUUUGGACACCAUGGCCCCACACCCAGUGGUCCAGGCCAUUAUUGACCUUUCUGCAGGAGCCAUAGGUGGAGCUGCAUGUGUCUUCAGUGGGCAGCCUCUGGACACAGCAAAGGUCAAGAUGCAGACCUUUCCUACACUGUACCGGGGUUUCAUCCACUGCGUCGUGUCCACCUACAAACAAGUGGGUCUUCGCGGUCUCUACCAGGGCACCACGCCGGCACUGAUGGCCAACAUUGCGGAGAACUCUGUACUCUUCAUGAGCUACGGCUUCUGCCAGCAGGUCAUCCGCUUCGCAGCUGGACUGCACAAUGAAGCUGUGCUUAGUGACAUGCAGAAGGCAUGUGCUGGCUCAGUGGCAUCCAUCUUCUCCUCGCUAGUUCUCUGUCCCACCGAGCUUGUCAAGUGUCGGCUGCAAGCCAUGUAUGAAAUGGAGGCAUCAGGCAAAAUAGCUAAGAGCCAGAACACAGUGUGGUCUGUGGUGAAAUCGAUCAUGAGGAAUGAGGGACCCCAAGGCUUCUUCCAGGGCCUGACCACCACUAUAGCCAGAGAGGUACCCGGUUACUUCUGCUUCUUCGGUGCCUACGAGCUCUGUCGCACUGCCUUUGCAGACCACAUGAAGUGUGACAAGGACGACAUAGGUGUGGCUCCAAUUGUGUUCAGCGGUGGUUUCGGAGGGGCGUGUCUGUGGCUGGUGGUCUAUCCUAUGGACUGUGUCAAGUCUCGGAUCCAGGUCAUGUCUAUGACGGGCAAACAGGCUGGGUUUUUCAAAACCUUCAUGACCAUCGCUCGUAGUGAAGGUGUGAGGGCGCUCUACUCUGGUCUUACCCCCACCAUGGUCCGCACCUUCCCUGCUAAUGGCGCACUGUUCCUGGGUUAUGAGGCCAGCCGGAAGCUCAUGAUGAAGCAGUUUGACAGCUAAAAGGGCACAUAAGCACAAAACAAAUGAAGAAGCAGUGAACUGGUAUGAUAGCCAUAUAACCUCAUCAGAACUCCAGUUGAACUUAUUAUGUGUAGGAUCUGUUUUUUUCCAUUUCCUGCCUUUAUUAAUUUAAAACUGACACACUCCAUCUCUUUUGAACUUAAAAAAACACCUUUGACAUAGUGUUUACAGCUUUUAAAACCUGAUACAGAUUUAUUUUUAGAUCUAAAUAUACUUUGUUUUUAACACUCCAGAAAUGCUAUUGCCAUAUCACAAUUUAUGAGAAAAAACAUUGAGGAACAUUAACCAACCUCUUUAUGAAGGAAUGUCAACUCUCCAGUUUAUUAUUUUCUGUCUACCUCAACAAAGUCAUAUUCGCACAGAAAUAGUUGUGACUGCCAGUCAUUUAAAAACUUCUUUACUUGCUCUGUGUGCAGGUACACGAGUAAGGGAAGUACUCCAUUCGGUUUUGAUUGUCUUUAAUGCACAAUCUUAAAAUCUUAAAACCUUACUGAAACUCAUUGCAUGAAGAUUUAAUUUAAAAUGUGAAGUUGCAAAUACUAAUUAAUUUAAGCUGCCUAAUGUUGAGAUGACACGUUUUCAUUUAUGGAAUUAUUUACAAUUUCAGAACAGGAUCACUUGCUGGUGUGUUCAGGUACAGCCACAAAAAAUGCCAAUCUGCUAAUAAAUAUCCCAAGACAUUUACCUACCUUUCACAUUGAGCAGCUUUACAAAUAGUGUUGACUGAAAUCUUGUAGGUUUCAUCUGCCUUGAAAGAAACCACAAACACAACCAGCAAGUGUUUUAAAGCUGAGCCUAAAAACUCUUAAUGACGCUGGACCAAUGAAGAGCAGUGGUUAAUAAGAAGUCACCUUGUUCUUGUGUACAUCUCAAACUGACGGUGCCGUACCACCUGUAUUUGUUCCACCAUGUUGUAUUACACUCCCGUUGUGACUAUUGUUAUUAAGUCUCCACUCUUUUGGGACCCAGUGUUUGCCUUUUAAAUCACUACAUUUUUCCUUUUUUUUGUCGUGUAACCUUUUAUUGUUAUGUACAAGAGAGAAUAUCAGCUGCCUCAUCUCAUGUGCCCUUUGCACACUGCAUUCCAUGUGCGGGAUUUUCUUCCAGUACUUGGUAAUUGGCUACUCAUAUUUCUUAGUCAUAUUCCUGUCAUUUUAGUUGAGAAAUGUACAUAUUUUACUGAGAAAAUGUAAGCAAUUUGAGAUGACACUUGUAUAUCAAUCCUGAUAUUGUAGUAAUACAACCUACAUUAAAGGUGACAGUGGAGAUGAA